AUCUUCCACAUGACCUAUGACCUUGCCAGCGCCAUGGUGCGGAUAGUCAAUCUGAUCGGCAUGAUGCUGUUGCUGUGUCACUGGGAUGGCUGCCUGCAGUUCCUGGUGCCCAUGCUGCAGGACUUCCCUGCCGACUGCUGGGUAUCCAAAAAUAAGAUGGUGAAUGACACAUGGGGACAACAGUACUCCUACGCACUUUUUAAAGCUAUGAGCCACAUGCUAUGUAUCGGGUAUGGCAUGUACCCUCCGGUGGGCAUGACAGACGUAUGGCUGACCAUCCUCAGCAUGAUUGUGGGCGCUACCUGCUACGCCAUGUUUGUGGGCCAUGCCACUGCACUAAUCCAGUCUCUGGACUCAUCUCGACGGCAGUACCAGGAGAAGUACAAACAGGUUGAGCAGUACAUGUCCUUCCACAAGCUGCCGGCAGAUAUGAGGCAGAGAAUCCAUGAUUACUAUGAGCACCGCUAUCAGGGCAAGAUGUUUGACGAAGAAAGCAUCCUGGGAGAGCUGAAUGAGCCACUCCGGGAGCUGGUGGCUUCAAUGCCUUUAUUUGCCAACGCUGAUCCCAACUUUGUCACGUCCAUGCUCACGAAGUUGAAGUUUGAGGUGUUCCAGCCCGGCGAUUACAUCAUCAGAGAGGGGACCAUCGGCAAGAAAAUGUACUUCAUACAGCAUGGUGUCGUCAGCGUACUAACCAAAGGAAAUAAAGAGACUAAACUUUCUGACGGCUCCUACUUUGGGGAGAUUUGUUUGCUGACACGGGGCAGGAGGACAGCCAGUGUCCGGGCUGACACAUACUGCCGUCUGUACUCACUGUCGGUCGACAACUUCAAUGAGGUGCUGGAGGAGUAUCCUAUGAUGAGAAGGGCCUUUGAAACUGUUGCCUUGGACAGGCUGGACCGUAUUGGCAAGAAAAACUCCAUCCUGCAGCACAAGGUACAACAUGACCUAAGUUCUGGUGUACUCAACUACCAGGAGAAUGAAAUCAUCCAACAGAUUGUGCAGCACGACAGAGACAUGGCCCACUGCGCCCAUCUCAUGCAAAAUGCACCACCCCAGACCCCUCCUUCACCUACUCCCGUCAUCUGGGCUCCCCUCAUCCAAGCCCCUCUCCAGGCUGCAGCUGCCACCACCUCUGUUGCUAUUGCCCUGACACACCAUCCCCACUUACCACCAACACUCUUUAGACCCCCAGUGUCUGUACUGGGUUCCCUUAAAGACCCACCUAGUCGACUAAGGAAGUUACACUCAUUUGUUCCUUCAUCCACAACACCUGGUUCUGCCGAGGACUCUUCCUCUAGCACACCAUCAAAGCUGCGCUCUGGGGUAGACAUGCCAUUGUUAGCCUCUUUUCGUGCUCAGCACUUAACGUCAGGUUCAGGGACAACUGGCUCUUCCCAGCAUGCCACAAGUAGUGGAGGCCAACGUGGACCUAAUGUGACUGGGUCUGGAUCCAGUGAAGGAGCAACAUGUGUCUUCCCAUUUGGUCAACACUCCUCUGGUUCACCCUCAUCAAGUAUGGCCCAGUUACACUCACAACCCCAGCAUCAGCAACCCUUUCGAUCCAAUACACCACCACUUUCAAAUCUCUUCCACCAAGGUUCUAGUGGUGGAAGCACGGGGUCAGGACUAAGUGGUGGGGCACCUGGAGCAUGUGGUGGUGCUACAGGGUGGUCUUCAGUUGGAGCAGUUGGAGGUUCUGUUGAAGUUGCCACUGGAGGGGACGCAGCUUGGGCUGGAGAGGACUUUACAACUGGGGUGCUAGACUUGAGUGGGACCAACUUUGGCUUAAAAGGUGUGACUGAUGGCUUAAUACCUGCAAUCUCAGGGGAAACAGUUGGAGGACUGUCUGAAGGUUCAAUAGCUGCUCCUCCUGGUAGGCUCACAGGCGGGAUAUCAGGUGGAGCAGCGGUAGGUGUUACCUGUAGGUCCAUACAAGACAAAGCCAGAAGAUCAAUAGGGGCAACUUCCAAAGGAUCCAUUAGUAGAGCUUCUCGAGGAUCAAUAGGUGGGAGUUCUGGAGAAUCACUGGUGGUGGCAACCACUGGAGGAUCACUAGGGAGGACAAAAGAUGGACCUUUAAGAGCUGUCACUAGUGGGGCCUCCAGGGGAACAUAUGAAGCAGUUCCUGGUGAUUCAACAGUAGGGAAUACUGGAGGAUCGUUGGGAAAAGGUUCUGGUGGGUCAGCAGGUAGCCAUGUAGGCGGAUUCCCAAGUGACCCAGGAGUAGGCGUCAUGGGAGGGCAUACUAGCAGAGGUGUAGGUGGUGCAGUUGGAGGCCAAGUGGCUGGAUCUACUGCCUGCUUUGGUGGAGCCUCUGAUGGAAUCACAGCUGGACUUAUUGGUUCCUCACUUUUUGAGAGUCCUUCAUCUACUGGUUUAUGUUCCAGCCAUGUGCCUGGACAGAUUCCCCAUAACCAGCCGACUCCCAAACCUCCUCAGUUGGCUCCUCUCCCACAGUUUGCUGGAGGGGGUAGGACUACUAGUGGCAUAAACCUUUUCCAGUCCCCCCCACAAGGCUCCCCAUCCUGUAGUAGAAGACAGCAUACUCAACAGACUGUUGAGGGGUCCCCAUCUUCCCUCAGCCAUUUUAGCCUGGCAGGCCUCCAGUCUGGCUGUUUACUGCACCAGAUGUCACUGGAGAAGUCUGCAUUGGCUUCCCUGGCUCAAUAUGGUUCAGCAAAUGCCUCUCCCUGCCUUACCCCUGUGGCACCCAGUCCCACUGUUCAAAGUCCAGUGGCAGGCAGGACUUUCCACUACAGCAGCCCUUCGAGUGCCACAGGAUCCCACAGUUCCUUGCUAAUGCCCCAAUCUCCUCUUCUUUCUCAGCUUCCCAGUCAGCCACACUCAACAGGGAGCGAUUCUCCCCUGGGACGCUUUUCUGAGGACCUAAAGCUGUUAUCAGGCUCACAACCAUAUCUGCCCCAGGAGAUGGCACAGUCCAUAGGCCACCAAACUCAGUGUUCCUCCAUAGAAUAUUGCCCCUCGCCAUUUUCCUCUCCAACUUUUUUGCCCAAGCCCUGUAGCUCAGUGCCGGGGCACAUGACUCCUCCCGUGCAGGUGUCUCCUGGACACCGUUCCCAGACUCAGUCCCCCGGGGCUUCAUCUGCAUUUCCUCUACAGAGGGGCUCUCCUGCUCACUCUUCAGAUCUAGACCCUCCAAUUGUUCGUUCAAAACUUCCUUCCAAUUUGUGA